AUGAUACAGAGAUAUUCCAAUAUCACAAUUUUGCUUCUCUGUUGGAUUCUUCGAGCAGAAUCCUUUGCACAACCAAACAACAAGAAUGGAAGGACAACGAGAAUACGGCAGUCUAUAUGUUCCACCACGACAACGACGUCUACUUCCGUUCAUGCUUCUUUGAAUAAUAAUGACAGUUCCAUAUCCGAACGACGAAAAUUUCUCUCUCAUGCAAUGGGUGCAGUCGCCACCAUGACAGGUAUCAGCAGUACCACCAUCAUCAUGAUGCCCAGCCAAGCCCUGGCGCAACAACCACAACAACCCACACCAGGUACUACUUCUGCCGCCGUCACCGUACCACCACAAGAACCCAACAAGUAUGGCGUCGCUAGUAACAAGCGACUGGGUGGGUUGUCCAACAAAAUUCGUAAUAUUUGCAAGACCAUGGAUGAGAUGCAACGAGAUUUGAUGCAAGAACGAUGGGAUUUGGUGGAACAAUAUCCGGCUCAAUUGCGAUCGUAUGUACCACUCCUUACAGCGUAUACGGAUUCGGCCUUUCCUUCGGAAGCCCCCAGCGACUGGGGACUCCGGGUAGCCCUGCGAUACGAAGUGGGACGCUACUUUGGUUGUUUGGAACGCUUGAAAAGCGCCGUGGCCAAGCGGAAUUUGAGCGAGGCCUACGUUGCCUAUUCCGAUAUGAGCUUGCAUUUGGAUCGGUAUCUACGAGUGGGUGGAAUUUAUACAUUCUACGAUAAUGUCAUUGACAAUGAAAAAUACUUUGCGGAAUACGACAGUGCCUUGGUAUACUCGGAUCCGAUCAAGGAUCCAGCAGAUGUGCGGGAUUUGGUAGUCUUGUGCAAAGGACCUGAUAAGGGAAAGACGGGAAUUGUGAUUGGAAUUUACCAGGAUGGGAGUGAAACCUGUGCCGUCAAAUUGGACCGGUACAAAGGAAUGCGAGAGAUUCGAGUCGUUCCCAGAAAUUGGGCAGCCAAGCGUUUGGGUGAGCAAGAGCCAGAUGACGUCUUUUUGAUCCCACGGAAAGCCUCGUAG